GUUGGGGCUCACCGAUCGCGCCACCUGGCUCGCUGCCGUCUGUCCGCUAGCAGCCCAGCUAGCCGUAAAUCCGGGGAAUCUAGACCGGCCCUGGCGCGGCCGGGGUGGUGUAUCGCUUCUUUAUCGUGUGGAUACGUGAUGAUAUAUAGAUAGGGCAUAUCGGUAUAUAUAUAGGUAUAGCGCCCGGGCGGUAAGCCGGGGGAGACAGCGGUCAGUCGAGUCCUGAGCAGGCCUGACCUUUUUUUUUUUUAAAAAAAAACUUCCCUUUCCCCAUCCACGAUGCUUGGAACACGUAUUUAUACUCUCGACACUCCGUGACAUAUAUAUAUCUGGCUGCCGACCCCCCAACCCGGUUUAUGUGAAUCUGCUUUUGCAUCUCACGCCUUCUAAGACUCUUUCUCCCUCUCCUCGAGCUCGGCUGCUUCUCCCUCUUCCGCGUUGCAAAGGCGUCGUCUCGCUUGUCCUCCUUGUCGCGUGUCUAGCCUUGAAACCUGCAGCGGUCUGCGGCGGUAGAUAAUACACCCAAAAAAAAAAACACAUUCCAGCUCCUAAGAGAUCCGACAACCCGCCCCGGGUGCGUGUCUCAGAAUACAUAUCCGAGCCGCGCACAGCACAAAACCACCAAGCAUCAGAAUCUCGAGGUUUGCGUCUCCCACCUCUACGCCUGCUACGAGGGAGGAAUCCGUCACGAAAACUAGCACAAUGGAGCGCACCCAGCCACCUCGAAUAGUCAGCGGAGGUCGUCUCUACAUCACCCGCCACCCCGGCCUGGCCGCAGCCGCCGUCGUCGCCGCGGGCCUCGUCGCCGCCGUCCGGUACCAGCGCUCGGCGCUGACCCGCAACGAGCUCGCCCAGAAGCAGCGCUCGUCCCCCGACCAGCCCAACUUCUACGUCAGCGUCGACCGCAGCGGCGGCGGCAUCUGAGAGCAACCAACUCCUGGUUCCCCCCCCGCCUCCUGCCGCACCAUUGGCGGCUGCGGCCCAGGUCGGAAUUCGAUCGGGCGUAAUUAGAAGAAGAAGAACAGGAAGAGGAAGAAGAAGAAGAAG